AGAGAGAGAGAAAAAGUUGGCUGGAGUGAGAAGUUAAAUCACGGAAAAGAUAUGUGUUGCAGCUUAAUCUUGCUCAAGACCGGAGAGAAGGAUCUGUGAGAGAGAAAGAAGAGCAGCUUCCACUGAAAGAGUUUCUUUGCUUUUCGUGAUCCCGUCCUAACGAUAUGGAGUCAGCAAUUAAGACGUUGGUGACCACAUAUCUCGGUUCUUCCAGGGGGAAGGAUGGCCUGAGCAGCAAAUCCUUCCAGAAACUGGUGUCUAAAAAUCUUGGCAACAUCAUGGAGGAUACUAAAAGCGCCUCCGCCGUUGCGGAGAUGCAGCGAGGGCUGGAUGAGAACAAUGACGGAAAGGUCAGCUUCCAGGAAUACCUCACUCUGAUUGGCUACUUGGCCAACUCCAUGAGUGACAAGCUGCACGGCCAGACCAACAGUGGCUCCAACGCAGAUGCUUCGUAGAUGCUGCAGUGUUUAGUUGAUCAACAAAUGAACGGCCAUUUUUGUUUUUUUUUUACACAUCUCUUCUCAUUUCCAAAUGAGCAGAAUCAUAUAUGCAUUUGUUUUGUUUUGUUUUUUUACAGCAGUCCAUAAUCAUUUUCAUACAGUUAAUCAACCAGCUGUAUACAGUUCUAAACUACACCUGUCUGUCCAGAUCAACCUGUUUUUGUUUGUUUGUUUUUUUCUCAAUUUAUUGAUCUCCUCUGUCAAGGACAUAUUGAAGGACUCUGAGCUGGGAGUGUCUUUUUUAGUACCAAUUAUACAAAAGAUGCUUACUGUAUUUUCAAAAUAAAAGCUUUAUAUGAUAAAAAAAAAAAAA